GGAAUCCGGGGCGUCAGCAUCCACCCGGAGCUCCUCAAGCCCCUCUGCGUGGGGGUCGACCCCGAGGAGUGCCAAGUGCGGACCCAUGAGAAAGAGCAGAUCAAGAACCUCAACAACCAGUUCGCCUGCUUCAUCGACAAGGUCCGGCUGCUGGAGCAGCAAAACAAGGUGCUGACCACCAAGUGGGAGCUGCUGCAGCAGUAUGUCCUCCCAGCUUCCAGGAGAAACCUGGAGCCUGUUUUUGAGAACUUCAUCUGCAACCUGAGGAAGCAGCUGGAGUGUGUGUUGGGGGAGCGAGAGAGGCUGGAAAACGAGGAGCGGUGCCUCAGGGACCUGGUUCAGGAGUUCAAGUGCAAAUAUGAAGACGAGAUCAACAAGCGCACGGCUGCAGAGAACGAGUUCGUGGUCCUCAAGAAGGAUGUGGACUGUCUCUACCUGACCAAGGAGGAGCUGGAGGUGAGAGUUGGCCUCCUGCGGCAGCAGCUGGAGUUCCUCAAGUGCAUCUAUGCCGAGGAGAGAGCUCAGCUGGAUUGCCAGCUGUGUGACACCUCUGUCAUCGUGCAAAUGGACAACAGCCGGGACCUGGACAUGGAGGGCAUCAUCAAAAGUGUUGAGUGCUGCUACGAGGAGAUUGCCCAGAAGAGCAAGGCUGAAGUGGAGGCUUUCUACCAAACCAGACUGGAGGAGCUCCACAGCAGCAGGGGCAAGUUCUGCGAUGACCUGAGAAACAACCAGAGCGAGAUAGCCGAGCUGAACCGGAUGAUCCAGAAGCUGCAGUGCGAGUCGGACAACGUGAAGAAACAGAUCGCAGCUCUGCAGACGGCCAUCUGCGACGCCGAGCAGCGGGGCGACUGCGCCCUCAAAGACGCCCGACAGAAGCUGGUGGACCUGCAGACUGCACUGCAGCAAGCCAAGGACAAGAUGGCAUGUUUGCUGAAAGACUACCAGGAGCUGCUGAACGUCAAGCUGGCCUUGGACAUUGAGAUUGCCACUUACAGGACACUGCUGGAAGGAGAAGAGAGCAGGUAG